AUGUCAACAGUUUGAGGAUAUAUAAUGCAAAAUUUUAUUGCUGACUUCACACUUCCUUUAGUACUGCACUUGUACUGAAAUAUUUUUGUGAAAGAGUCAUUGUUGCAGAAAUGAAAAUCGUUUCCCUUCUUCUGUGUUGCUGCGCUGUGGCUUUGGCGGCACCAAACCUUGACAUUGGCGGCAGCUUAGGUAUAGGUGGAAAGGGUGGAAUUCUUGGUGGAAGCUUGGGACUAGGCGGUAAGGGUAGUCUUGGCGGAAGCUUGGGAAUUGGAGGAAACGGUGGAAUCAGUGGAGGCAUUAAUGGAAGCGGUGAAAAAGGAUCUAAAGGACAAGGCGGCAUCUCAGGCAGUGGUGGAAUAAAUGGCCAAGGCUCGGGAGGUGGAAAAGGUGGAAUCAGUGGAGGUAUUAACAUUGGCGGUGGAGGAGGUUUGAAUGGAAAUGGCGGAAUCUCAGGCAGUGGUGAAAUAAAUGGCCAAGGCUCCGGUGGUGGAAAAGGUGGAAUAAGUGGAGGCAUUAGCGGAGGCGGCCAAGGAGGUUCGAAAGGAAAUGGUGGCAUCUCAGGCAGUGGCGAAAUAAAUGGCCAAGGCUCGGGCGGCGGAAAAGGCGGAAUCAGUGGAGGCAUUAAUAUUAGCGGUGAAGGAGGUUUGAAUGGAAGUGGCGGCAUCUCAGGCAGUGGUGAAAUAAAUGGCCAAGGUUCAGGCGGUGGAAAAGGAGGAAUAAAUGGAGGCAUUAGCGGAGGAGGUCAAGGAGGUUCUAAAGGAAAUGGUGGCAUCUCAGGCAGUGGUGAAAUAAAUGGCCAAGGCUCGGGAAGCGGAAAAGGUGGAAUCAGUGGAAGCAUUAAUAUUGGCGGUGGAGGAGGCUCGAAAGGAAAUGGCGGCAUCUCAGGCAGUGGUGAAGUAAAUGGUCAAGGCUCAGGCGGCGGAAAAGGCGGAAUCAGUGGAGGCAUUAGCGGAAGCGGCCAAGGAGGUUCGAAAGGGAAUGGCGGCAUCUCAGGCAGUGGUGAAAUAAAUGGCCAAGGCUCGGGAAGCGGAAAAGGCGGAAUUAGUGGAGGCAUUAACAUUGGCGGUGAAGGAGGUUUGAAAGGAAAUGGUGGCAUUAACAUUGGCGGUGGAGGAGGCUCGAAAGGAAAUGGCGGCAUCUCAGUCAGUGGUGAAGUAAGUGGUCAAGGCUCGGGCGACGGAAAAGGCGGAAUCAGUGGAGGCAUUAGCGGAAGCGGCCAAGGAGGUUCGAAAGGGAAUGGUGGCAUCUCAGGCAGUGGUGGAAUAAAUGGCCAAGGCUCGGGAAGUGGAAAAGGCGGAAUCAGUGGAGGCAUUAACAUUAGCGGUGAAGGAGGUUUGAGUGGAAAUGGUGGCAUUAACAUUGGCGGUGGAGGUGGUUCGAAAGGAAGUGGCGGCAUCUCAGGCAGUGGUGAAAUAAAUGGCCAAGGGUCAGGCGGUGGAAAAGGCGGAAUCGGUGGAGGCAUUAGCGGAGGCGGCCAAGGAGGUUCGAAAGGGAAUGGCGGCAUCUCAGGCAGUGGUGAAGUAAAUGGUCAAGGCUCGGGCGGCGGAAAAGGCGGAAUCAGUGGAGGCAUUAACAUUAGCGGUGAAGGAGGUUUGAAAGGAAGUGGCGGCAUCUCAGGCAGUGGUGAAAUAAAUGGCCAAGGGUCAGGCGGUGGAAAAGGCGGAAUCGGUGGAGGCAUUAGCGGAAGCGGCCAAGGAGGUUCAAAAGGAAAUGGUGGCAUCUCAGGCAGUGGUGAAAUAAAUGGCCAAGGCUCGGGCAGCGGAAAAGGCGGAAUCAGUGGAGGCAUUAAUAUUAGCGGUGAAGGAGGUUUGAAUGGAAGUGGUGGCAUUAACAUUGGCGGUGGAGGAGGCUCGAAAGGAAAUGGCGGCAUCUCAGGCAGUGGUGAAGUAAAUGGUCAAGGCUCAGGCGGCGGAAAAGGCGGAAUCAGUGGAGGCAUUAGCGGAAGCGGCCAAGGAGGUUCGAAAGGGAAUGGCGGCAUCUCAGGCAGUGGUGAAAUAAAUGGCCAAGGCUCGGGAGGCGGAAAAGGCGGAAUCAGUGGAGGCAUUAACAUUGGCGGUGAAGGAGGUUUGAAAGGAAGUGGUGGCAUCUCAGGUAGUGGUGAAAUAAAUGGUCAAGGCUCAGGCGGUGGAAAAGGCGGAAAUAAUGGAUGUUGGAUCAUCAGUGGUGAAGGAGGUAAAAAUGGGAAGGGUGGCAUCUCAGCGAGCGGUGAAAUAAAAGGCCAAGGUUCAGGCGGUGGAAAAGGUGGAAUUGGUGGAAGCUUGGGCUUAGGUGGAAGCUUGGGCUUAGGUGGAAAAGGUGGAAUUGGUGGAAGCUUGGGCUUAGGUGGCAACCACGGAUUUAAUCUAAACUUGGGCCUAGGCCGCAAAUGAUAUCUAGAAUAGUUAUUAAAAUAUGAACUAUGACCUAGUUGUCUGUAAUGUUAAUGCUAAAAAUUUAAUAAAACUUUUUGAAUUGAAAAAUGGCUUUCUUAUUUAUCUAAGACGAAACGGUACCAUUUACCCAGUUCUUAUCGAAUUGUUGUAACUACGUAUGUAGAUUAUAUAGAUGCAAUAAUAAUAAAGUACAAAUUCUUUUGGACUACUACAA